UAGUGCAAAGCAUGGAGGGGGGCGUGGUUCUCGGGCUGCUCGCGCGGCGGCGCCGGCUCCGCCCCCUCCCUUGUGCGCGCCUCUCUCUCUUCCCAUGUUACCGGCAGUUAGGCAGCAGCUUCACGUGGCCCAGGUACAUUGCUCUGCAGCGGCUGCUGCUUCUGGCUCUAGUGCCCAGCUGUUAGGGUCUGCUCCUACUACUCCCGUCCCUUGCCCCUUGCUUAGAGAUUCCCCACCCCCUACUUCUAUCUACAGCCCCCUUCUGGAUUCCUCUGCACCCACUGUUUCUGCCCCCAGUCCCCUACCAGUACGUUUGCCCCCUAGGGAUAUGGGCAACACCCAGCAGGCGUCUUCAUCCUCCUCAGUGCACGAGGGUGAGGCACUGGCAGGGGUCCUUCAGGGGCCCGCUGCAAUUGUUACUCCGUCCCCUGAUCCUUCUCCUGUGCCUUUAGAUGCUGCUGGGGGACUUGGGGCUCCUGUGGUUCCCGCUGCUAGUGUUGCUUUAUCUCCCCCCCAGCUUCCCAUUAUGGAUCAGCAAGCGGUUAUACUUCCCCAUACCGUGCAGCCGGAAGUUGCUGGCCCAUCUGGAGGGUGCAGGCAAUCUUCAUCUGGGUCCGCCAGGGGCUCUGCCCGUGAAAACCGUGGCGAGGCUAGCGGUUCCGGGAGGCGCCGCCGAGGUCGCAAGGGCCACGAAUCCAGAUAUCGCAGUCAUCGAUGUCGGUCCAGGUCCUCCCGCUGGAGGUCCCCUUCCUCCUCAGAAUAUUCAUCCGAUAGCUCUAUGAGUCCAGAUAGGAGGUCACACCGACGUGGGUCUCGGCGGGGGAUUUCAAGAUCCUCCCGUCGUUCGACCUGCGGUGCUACACGCUCACACGAUGUCCCCAUUGCUGUUACGCCAUUGGAUCCAACGGGGCCGGCGGCCCCGCAUGUGAUUCCGGUUCCUGCCCCGGCAGUUGGAAUUCCGAGAGUUGUGUCCGGAUGCGGCAUUGGAGGGCCGGCAAUGCCCCUCUUUCCUUUGGGAGGUGGUGAGCAGAGAUUGAUGCCAUUGGUGUCCUCGUCAGUUGCCCCGGCUACUUGGUCUGGACAUGGUUCUCGUUCUCCUGUUGUGGUUUUUCUGGGUCAUUCUUUCAUCUUUCGGGCUGGACAGAGAGCUGCUUGCAGGCCAGGGGGACAGUCCCUUGGUUUUCCCAAUGAUGUUCAAUGGAGAGGAAUCGGUGGACUCAAGUGGCUUCGGGUGCUGGUGGAGGCGGCUAAGUCACAGCGUGGCGGAGGAGAAAUUUGGAGGAGAUUUUCCUGGAGAGUAGAGUGUGAUGCCCGUCGAAGAGGGCGGCCGGCUGACCGCUUACCUCUGAGAGUGUUCAAUCAGAAGUUCGGAUAUAAAUGGUUUAUUUUAAUGGUUAUUAAAUAAACGCUGUGGCCGACCCCCAGUUGUCCAGCAAAAGUUAGAAGUGGUCAGUGUUUUUAUUAUAUCC